UAACCGUCACAGUUUUAUUUUUGGACUUUCUCUCAAAAGCUUAAUAAACAGAGUAAAGCUUGAUUAGCAGCAACAGCGCCAAUGGAAGGCGCGGUGACACCGGAAGGGGGGCGGCGCACCACGCGAGCCGCGCUCGCCGAGAUCCCGGGCUUCUUGGACCGGCUGCGGGUGACUCCGCUGCAGACCCUCACCAACACAAGGGACCUGUCGCCAGCGCUGCCUGCAGGCUACCUCAGUCCGGCUCCGUCACCCGACGAGCAACUUAUACAGCAGAGAGGUCGCAAGCGACUGCCAGUAACGUGGUCUCCAGAGAUCGACAUAAAACGCAACUCUUCCUUCCACUCCUCCGUUCGUACUCCCCCUAAAAUCACACCAGGACGUGUUUCCCCUCCCAAACUAGGAGUCACGUUACGAUCCACACCGCGCAAGCGUCUGCUAAUGGGAGAAACCGAGAGAAUCCCAUUAACACCAGAGAAAAUCGACUUCAGCGACAUUAGCACGCCACAGAAGUUCAAAUUAAACAAUCAAGAAUGCUCAAUCAAGAAUACUCCACCCAUGAAGAGGUCGAGAGUUGAAAAGGUUUUGGACAUUGAGUACAGAGGCCCAAUUGACACAGCUCUUAAGGGUUUGAGUCCCACGCAACUGAUACACAUCAUAAAGAACAUAACUUACAAACAUCCUGAGGUUGAACAAGAGCUAAGAAGGGAAAUGCCUCUACCGGACUUAAGUCCGUUGGACGAGAAACUGUCAUAUCUGAAGUCUAACAUCUUCAAAAGUCUGCCUACAUCGCGCCUCACAUCAAAGACUGACUCCCCAGCGUAUUCCAGGGUGUCCACACACUUGGCAGCAUUUAAGAAAUGCGUCAUUGAUCAGGGAAAAGUUCUUGUGGAAUCCCAGCAUUGGGAAUCCGUAUUGCACUACGUCUUCCUCUCGUGGAACUACGUGAAAUCGACUCCGGUUUGGGACAAUCAGCCCCACAACGCUCACAGGAAACAGUGUUUCAAAGCGUUGACGAACUUCUGUUUGACGGCCUUAAAGAAAGGAAACUUCGAGAAAGACUUGCUGAUCGACGUUCAAGAUAAACUGCAGGAAAUGAUCUGUGACAGCGACGAGCUACAUUCCUGCUUGAAAAUUGUCCAGGGACAACUUUGAUGCCGUACUUUUUUGUCACCUUGUUCAAAUAACAGAACGAAAAUUUUAAAACCCGAUUAUCUACUAAUCGACUAUCUAAUAAGAUAAAUUCAUUAACAUCUAAGAACAAUACAAUAAUUGUAAUUAGUACAUAAAUGUGUGUAAGUCAUUUUUAUUACUGAAUGACUUUUAAAUCAUUCGAUUUCAAGAGACAUGUAACAAGUGAUUUGAUGUGCCUUUAUCUUUAAAAAUUUGUUAUGUAACAAGAAUAAUUGUAUUUGAAAGUAGAAAUAAAUAACAUAGCAAACUGUUUGAAAUGUAAACAAUGUGAAGUAAAUGUUGUAAAUCUAUAUUAUUCAUAUACAAGUUUGAAUUAAACUAUUGAAAUUAUUCUUAAUUCAUACAUGUCAUAAACAAUUCGGAUGAGUACGUGUUUAUCUGUAGCGUUCUGAAAGAAAAUUGGCAGAUUCACAUUGUAAGCUUUAAAUAAAAAAACAAUAACAUUAAAUAUAAAAAGUAUUUAAAAGGAACAUAUGAAUUUAUCAGUUUUUCAUCAAUCAAAUAUUCGCGUCAUUCAAACGAAUCAUUUAACAAAAUUUCCACCAACCGUUUUCUGUACCUCAAUAUUAUUGACUGAUUAGAAAAGAAUCAAAAUGUAUUUUUUUGAUAGUAUAAUUUCGUCGUCUUCCAUAAUAAUAUGGAGUAUUUUAAUAAUAAGUUUGAUUCUUUUCAUAGCUGUGAACUAGCCAAAAUGUAGGAUUAAGACAAACAUAUUGUAAGCUAUUUGCCAGUUUUUUUAAAUGUUUAAUAUCGUUUUGGCCAUUCAUACAUAUAAAAUGAUCCUAUUUUGUCACUGUUAACUCAAACUUGGUUUUUUGAAGUUUAAUUCAAAUUUAUUGAUUACAUUCGUUCACUAUUUUAAGUGGAUGAUUUUGUGUUAAUUCUUAAAAUAUCUUAUAAUCUUUUAUCACAAAAUUUUGCCUAGAAUUUUAACUUAUACUUUUUUAGUACUCAAAUCAGUUUUUCCAAUAACGAUACCCUUUUUAUUUUUAUUGGCAAGACUGCAUCGACAGAGCUUUUUUCUAAGUAUUUUUGGAUUAUACUGUAAUUAAAAAAAAAAAAAAAUUGAAUUAACUCUUUAUUGUUGUAGUAAUAUCGAUUUGAAAAACAAUGAAUGUUGUCAUCAACAAAUAAAACUUAGUACACAUUAUCUUGGACAAAUUGGUCUCAUUUUAGUUCGCAACGAAGAUUUGGUCAAUCAUUUAUAUCAAAAUGUGUAUUACGUAAGGUUUUUUCUUGUUACUCUCAGAUCUGUUCUCACAUUAAACACCUGUGCCUUAGUAGAAAGUAAUAGCAGAGCAAAUGCCAUUACUUUUAACUUUUACGUGUUUGUAACUCUGUAAUUUUAGAAGUGUAC